AUGAGAAGGCUGUCUUCUCAGACUGGAGCAGCGCACGACAUGUCACACCUCUUUACUUUACCUCUUUGCCUUUACUGGCAGUUUGCCUAACUUCGUGCAUAAAGAGGACUAAAACAUGGGUAAACAGCACCAACAUCCAAACCUGGUCUUCGUAUUAAUCGAAUAUAUUUUGCUCGAUUUUAUAUGAUAUAUCGCUUUCAUAACCUCAUGAAAUUAGUUCACUUUUAUUUUGGAUAAGUAAUACAAAAUACUUUAUUGAAUAAUGACUUGGUUUUGGAACUAAUAGAUUUUUUAAGGGAGCUCUCGAGGCUAUUUUAAAUGUAAAGUCUAUGUCUGAAAUGAAUUACUCCUCCAAGUGAAGAGUACAGAACUAAACCAUGGAAAAUGUUACUUCAAAUCCAGAUAACCAGACGCUUGGUCCAUGGACUGAUUAUAGCAUGGAAUACAAAGUGGUCAGCAUAUUUUUUGUGAUCCUCAUCUGUGGGAUAGGAAUAGUUGGAAACGUUAUGGUGAUACUAGUUGUUCUUACAACCAAACACAUGCGGACACCGACCAACUGUUACCUGGUGAGUUUGGCGGUGGCCGACCUGAUGGUUCUGACUGCGGCGGGACUGCCGAAUAUUACAGAGAGUUUCUAUGGAGGAGGCUGGGUGUACGGAUACGUCGGGUGCCUUAGCAUAACUUAUUUCCAGUACUUGGGCAUCAACGCGUCUUCAUGCUCCAUCACCGCGUUCACCAUUGAGCGGUACAUAGCCAUCUGCCACCCCAUAAAAGCGCAGUUUAUGUGCACUCUGUCAAGAGCAAAGAAAAUCAUCGUGGUCGUUUGGGCUUUUACCUCGCUCUACUGCGCCUUGUGGUUUUAUCUGUCUGACACGAAAGAGUUGACUUACGACAAUAUUACCUUGGUCUCAUGCGAAUACAAAGUGUCAAGAAAUCUUUACCUGCCAAUCUACUUCACUGACUUUGCCGUGUUCUAUGUGGUGCCUCUCAUGCUAGCCACUGUUCUGUAUGGAUUUAUCGCUAGAAUUCUUUUCCUCAACCCAUUGCCGGCAGACACCAAGGAAAAUACUAAAAAGUGGAAAAAAGAAUCAUGCCAAGGAAACAGGAUGAUGAGCACCAACAAUUCAUCCUGUAGCACAACUGCCCGCUCUCGCAGGCAGGUGACUAAGAUGUUAGCUGUGGUGGUGGUGCUCUUCGCCCUCCUCUGGAUGCCCUAUCGGACGCUGGUGGUGGUAAACUCCUUCCUGGACAAGGCUUACCUGGACCACUGGUUCCUACUCUUCUGCCGCAUCUGCAUCUACCUGAACAGCGCCGUCAACCCUGUCAUCUACAACGCCAUGUCUCAGAAGUUCCGCACCUCCUUCAAGAAGUUGUGUCACUGCGGUCCGCAGCGAUUGGAGAAGCCGGCGUCUUACAGCGUGGCCCUGACCUACAGUGUCAUCAAGGACACAACCAAUGGAGAGAGCCCUGACCAUUUUACUACUGAGAUGGACGAGUUGGCCACGCCCACACCCAGUGACCAGUUCCUGCCCAGCACCAAGAGGAUGUCAUUCGAGGACCCCUCUCUGUCAGGCAGGGUUUCCCUUAGCACUCCCUGACGGAAAAAGUAAAUCCAUCUAGGCUCUAGUUUGUGAAUUCUAUUCUAUAAUUCAUUUUCUGCAGAGGAAUUGAUUUAGUAUUUGAGCAGUACACCGGUAAACAUUAAAUACCAAAAAUGUGUUGUCAAUAGAGGAAGGAAUGCUUAAUUUCUUUAUCUAGCAUGGUGAAAAUAUAUUCUCCCCUCUCUGUAGCCAUCUUAGCACAAAGCACCCAAUUAUAGGCAUUGUUUAAAUCAGUCCUCAACAUUGUGUGACACACAGAUUUAAUUUGCGAGGUAAUACUGCUUUCACUGCUUUCACAUACUGAGCAACAGUUUCCAUCUCUGUAGAGUGUUUUCCUACAAAGGAAAAAAGGGAAAGAUGUUAUCCCUCUUUUUAUCUGGAGAGGUGUAGGCCAGGAACUCAGUGUGUGUGUGUGUGUGUGUGUGUGUUCGUGUGUGUGUUUUAAAGAUAAGCUCACUCUACAGGAGGAGUCAAACUGUCUGGCCAUAGUUGUUUGAACCAGCCUGCUACUUUGCAUGUUUGAAAACAGCACAGCGAGAAUGUGAUCACUGACCACAUUUCAAAGGCAAAAUUCAAAGGAGGCAGAGUAUUAAAACCAUCUCUGCUCGAGGGGUGUAAAUAUCACACAUCGCUUUGAAACCUGCCUGUCAGGGAAAUAGAGAUGAGUUGGGAUGAAAUUUCUUUAAAGGUUACUGAUGAUGAAAAGGACUGAUAGCAAAGCAAUGCCACUCCAGAUCUUUCAUCCGUUUGAUUGCUCAAUGCCAUUUGACUUUAUAGUAACCUUAUUGGGUACUAUAAAUCAGGCUCACCUGAUAUGGAACGUUCUGCAGGGGUUAGUGUCAAAAAUGUAUAGUAACCUUAUAGGCUAAAAGGUUCACCCAAUAUGAAACGUUCCGCAGGGGCUUGUGUCAAAAAAUGCAGCAUGGUUAAACAUCCCGCUGUACCCAUAAUGGACUACUGUGGUGUGGAAUCAAUCAAAAAGAGUUGAAAGGCCCAGAGUCCAUAAUGAGAAAGAUCUUUGAUAACUCAGACACCUGGGUGGUUGAUGGUUGUCUUUAGGUCAGGUGCCUGACAUGACAAGACCAAACAUUAUGUUGACAUCUGCAACAGCAGAGACUGAUGGUAGCAUUUCCCCUUAAUGGAUCCCCCCAAGAACAUCCCACAGAGCAGCUAUUCCCAAACCGGGGUACGCGCAAUGCCGUCGGGGGUACGCCAAAUAAAA